AAUGCAGUUGAAAGCAAGAAAGUGAAGUAUUUUAAAUUCUGGUAAAGUGUUUAGGAUUUUAUGGAAGUCUUCUGGGUUGUGUCAUGUAGUCAGAUACGAGUUUACCAAUCUUUCAGAUGUUUCUGCAGCGUCCAUCAUCAGGACGAUGGGACCCUGAACUCAGACUCCUGCUUGAUACUUCCGCUUGUUAUUCUGUGGUAUUAGUGUUAUGUAUGUUUGUAUUCAGGAGCAAUCUGUGCAGCAUUCUUGAUCAUAUCCAGUUCUCCAAUGAGUGGCAGUUUGGAAAUUGAUCAAAAUCUAGCCCGCCGGUUAGUACUUGAAGGGGCAACUCUCGUAUUCCUGGAUGUGCCGCGAGGAACUGAAUUUGGAAUUGAUAUGAAAUCAUGGAAUACCGGAGAGAAGUUCAGAGGCGUGAAAAUGAUACCACCAGGCUUUCAUUACGUAUAUUACAAUGCAGUGGAUAGUGAGGGAGAUACAGCACCCCGGAUUGGUUUCGUACACAACUUCAAGAAAUCAGAAUUUUUGGUGAAGAAAUGGGACUCUGCAAUUGAAGAUAUUAGCAGUGCAGAAGUGAGUUUUGAAGAAUUAUCCAGGAUCAGAGAAGAUCUGUUGAACUUAGAUCGGUUCUUGGGCCCUUAUCCGUUCGAUGUUUGGAAGAGAUGGAAGGACCUAACGAGUAAGGUUACAGACAAUCUUGUUUCCAGAAUAAUUCCUCAGUCUGGUCAGAUCCGAUCUGCACUGGAACUGAUAUCCUGCGACUACAAGCCCUCAAGCGGUGAUGCACCAGCACAGAAACGUAGGAGUCGCCCGAUCACAGAGGAGGAACGAGAAGAACACCUUCUGCCACAGUUGAAACCAGCCCCAGGAACUGAGUUGAGGUUCAUAGAAUUUCCUGAGAGAAAUUUUCCAGAAGGGUCUACACCAGCAGAGAUAACACACCACUCGUUGGAUUCAACCUAUGUUUUAGAGACUAUGGUAGCCAAAUACGCAAGACCAGUUGACAUAGUGGGAGAGCUGCAGUUUGCGUUUGUGUGUUUUCUUGUCGGGCAGAGUCUGGAAGCAUUUGAGCACUGGAAGCGACUUGUAGGUCUUCUCUGUUCAUGUGAUGAUGCUGUAUCUAAACGGAGGGAAGUGUAUGACGAGUUUCUGUCAGCAUUGGAAGCUCAGUUGGUUGAGAUACCGGAGGACUUUCUGGUGGACAUAGUGGCAAGCAAUAACUUUGUGUACCACAGCCUGCGCUCUCUGUUCAGAACACUACAACUUAAUGAGAUUGUGGAUGGCAGACUUAAGUCUAAAGCAAAGCGAUUUCAGGACAGACUCACUGCCAAGUUCAUGUGGGAUUUCACAGGCUUGGAACAGGAGGAGGAUGAUGAGGCUCCUGUUGUUGUGAAGACCUAGGUCUGGGACUUUGUGCUACUCUCGCUCUUCAUAAGUGCUAACAAGGCUGGAAAGGCGUAAUCAGUACCAGAAUACAGAGUUUUUACUUAUUCUUUGCAUAUUUGGAAUUCUGAUUGCUCGUAACUCAUGUAAAUAGAUAUGCCAAAAAUGUUAGCAAUAUUAAGUAGACUUACAACUUUAAUUAUAAUCUUUAUACUGCUCCGUUUUGAUAAUCUCAAGGUGUUCUAAUCUCAUUAAUGAAUUUUUAAAUUUUAAUUUUGUCGAUUCAUUCUUUCAUUAUACAACCCCUUAACAUAUUAAAGCCUGUCUGAUACAUGAAGUUGCUGAUGACAAACAGAAAUAUAUGUAAACAGAAACAGUCAGACAAUUUACAUGUAUUUGACACUCAUUUCUGUUAAAUUAAUCCAUAAUUCUACAUGCUGUUCAAACAUUAGGUACAUUAUGAAAUGUAUGUUUUAUAUAUGUUAUUAAUUAUGAAGCAUUAUGUAAAUUUAACAGUUUCUUAAUGAGGAAAUGUGUAGAAUAUAGCAAGUAGAUGUCAGGAGAAGCUGUGACAUUGUGAGAGUUGAAAUCUAGUGGCAAAAUUAAUAUGUACAUUGCAAGCCUUGUUUCUCUUGAAAAUAGUCCAUGAACAGCGCGGCAUUGUUCGUUCUGCCAAGCGCGGCAACAUGGUAUCGACUUUGCGAGGCAAAGCAACGGACAUUGCCCCGCGUGCAGUCAAUACACGGCUUAACAGACGCAGUGUAUACAUCAUUAGGUUUACAGUCCAUCUAGACAACAAAUUUUACGUUUAUGUUCUCUGUUACUGCUGUCUGUUUUGUCUGUGAUGUGAACUUUCAGCCAUGCAAAUGUGACUUCAUGGACACCGUUCAGUCAAGGAAACAACAUCGGCUUGAUAUGAAGAUUAAUUUAAUGAAUACAAGAAGAGUUUAAAUAAAAACAUAAGAUAUACUCUGUUACCACUUAAUCUUGUACAGGGGUUUCCUGACAUAGUGAUAUUUCUUUGACAGACCAUUUUUGUAGACCCUUGUAUAAGACGUGCAUAAAUUUUAAUAAUGACAUUUGGGAAAGACUGUGCUUCAGUUAUAUGGUUGAUUAUAACAGUUAUGAUAAUAUUUGUAUCAAAAAACAAAGGCACCUUUUGAUUGCGUCUGGCAGUGUCUUGGGAUGCAUGAUAAAUGCACACUUGUAAAAUAUUACUUAUAUUUAUAGAUUCUAAAGCUGAAUAAAUUUUAUUUCAACCCUU